AUGUCGUCCAACCCCUACUUCGAACCCAUGCCGUCCCUUGGCGGCGCUGCCAACAGUGCCGCGACCAGCGCCAGCGUAAGCCCCGCCGCCUCGGGCCUCCUCAGCCCGAGCUCGUGCAGCACCGCCGUCUCGAAGCUCUCGCUCAGCUUCGACGACUCGGCCUCGCGCUCGCCCUCGACGUCGGCCUGCACCUCGAUCAGCGACGCCAGCUCCGAGAUUCCCUCGAUAGGCGGCCACCCGUCCAAGUCGGUCUCGCCCGGAGCCGUAGAGGCCGCUGCAGACGACGAGCUCGACGCGCUCGAGGUCGAGCGGAGGGAGCAGGAGGAGCUCGACUCGGCGCUCCUCUUUGGCACCCAGAUCGUCCAGCGCGAGGCCAGGGCGCUCGCCAUGGCGGCCAAGCGCCUCUCGAGGCUCGGCCCGCAAAUGGACGGCUUCCGUGAGGCCGUCAAGCUCGUCCUCCGUGCCACCAACGGCGAGCGCGGAGGCAAGGUGGUCCUGACUGGCGUGGGCAAGAGUGGCAUCAUCGCCAAGAAGCUCUCGGCCACCUUCCUGUCGCUCGGGACACCCUCCGUUUUUCUUCACCCAGUCGAGGCGCUCCACGGCGACCUGGGCCUCCUGACGCCGCACCGCGAUGUGGUGCUGGCACUGUCGCACUCGGGCUCCUCGCCCGAGCUGCUCGCCCUGGUGCCGCAUCUCAACGCGCGCAAGUGCCCCAUCGUGGCGUUGGUGGGGAAACGAGAGAGCCCGCUGGUCAAGGCGUCGGACGCCUGGAUCGACUGUGGCACCGGCAAGGACGACGACUCGGACGAUGAGCACGAGGAUGGCGACGACGACGACGACGACGACGAUGACAACAACGGGAGCGGCGACGACCGAGGCGACGUCGACGUCGGUGCGCCGGCGUUGCUGGAGCGCUCGAUGAGCGAGGGCGAAAGCAGCGCCAGCAGUAGCGGCAUCAGCACGCCGUCCGAGGCCGACUCGGUCACGUCGGCGCCCGUGCUGCCGUGCAGCUGCUCGCAGCGCCGGUUUGGCGGGUCGCGCAAGCGGCGCUCGACGCGGAUGGCGCGGCCGUCGACCGACGAGGCGUGGGACGAGGUGCCGGCGCCCAGCAGCAGCACCACGGUGGCGCUGGCCAUGGGCGAUGCGCUGGCCUUUUCCAUCACCCGCGCAAAGGGCCUGGGCCGCGACAUGUUUGCCUUCAACCACCCGGGCGGCAAGCUCGGCGCCGACUUCCGGAUGCAGGGCCACGCCGUGCCGCUCCAGACGUUUGAUGUCGUCGCCAACGGGGGCGGCAGCGCCGUCGCCACGCCCAUCGCCAACUAG